AUGACGGUCAUUACCAGUGCGAGCGGCCUGCUGGCCAUGCUCGACGAGGAGGAGCCGGCUCUCCGCGUGUACGCUCUCAAGAAUCUAAAUCUGCUCGUCGGCCAGUUCUGGGCCGAGAUCUCCGCGAACAUCUCCACCAUUGAGAGCCUGUACGAGGAUGAGACGUUCGACCAUCGCGAGCUGGCAGCGCUUCUGGCCUCCAAGGUGUUCUACUAUCUGGGCGAGCUCACCGACUCGCUCACAUACGCCCUUGGCGCGGGGUCGCUGUUUGACGUCUCGGAGGACUCGGAAUACGUGCAGACGCUCAUUGCCAAGUGCAUUGACGAGUACAUGGAUCUGAGUGUCAAGCGCGCCGACUCCCAUGACCCCGACGCCGACUAUCCGCUUGACCCGCGCCUCGUGGCCAUCGUAGAGCGGAUGCUGGACAACUGCAUUGAGGAGCGUCAGUUCCAGCAGGCCAUCGGAGUGGCGCUGGAGUGCCGCCGACUUGACAAGCUCGAGGCUGCCGUUGCCAGGAGUGGCAACUCUCGCUCCCUGCUCGCCUACUGCCUCCAGGUCUCGCACUCCCUUGUCAACCGCCGGCAGUUUCGCCAACAGGUGCUGUCCACGCUGGUACGCCUAUACCAGCAAGCGGAGACCCCCGACUACGGCAGCAUAUGCCAGAUGCUCAUGUUCCUCAGCGACGCAGCAGGGGUGGCGGCCACACUGGACCGACUCAUCAAGGGGCAAAACGAGUCUGACGCCCUACUAGCGUACCAGGUCGCCUUUGACCUGUUUGAGAACGAGUUUCAGCAGUUCUUGCUGUCGGUUCGGGAUGCUCUGCCUGACCCGCCGCCCCCGCUUGCGCCUGCCCCGGCUGUUCCGGCUUCUGCUGAUGCUGAUGCCGCUGCUGCUGCUCCGGAGGCGGAUGGUGCUGCUGCUGCAGCUGCUGAUGGUGAAUCGGCUGGUGGUGAUGCUGCAGCAGGUGCAGCAGCAGCAGCAACAGAGGGAGGCAGUGCUGCUGGUGCAACCGAUGCUGCUGCAGCGAUGGAGACGGAGGAAGGGAAGGAGGGAGAAGGAGCAGCAAAGGCAGAGGGGGGAGAGGCGGCAGAUGCAGCUACAGCAGCAGCUGCUGAGGACGGAACAGCCAAACCUGCUGCCGAGGCUGACGGGACAAGCACCAUGGACACUACCGAGGCAGCUGGUUCUGGUUCGGCCGAAGCUGCAGGUUCGGGGGAGGGCGAGGCAGCUGCCGAGGCUACGCCGAGCGAGGAGGUGGUGUAUGCAGAGCGACUGGCGAAGCUGAAGGGGAUUCUGUCAGGGGAGACUCCGAUUGGUCUCACCCUGCAGUUCCUCUACAGCCACAACAAGGCCGACCUGGGAGUGCUGAAGGCGAUCAAACAGGUGGUGGAGACGCGCAACAGCGUGUGCCACAGCGCCACCAUUGUGGCCAACGCAUUCAUGCAUGCGGGCACGACAGUUGACACCUUCCUCAGAGACAACCUGGACUGGCUGAGCCGAGCCACCAACUGGGCGAAAUUCAGCGCUACCGCCGGCCUGGGGGUGAUCCACCGGGGGCACCUGCAGCAGGGGCGCUCGCUCAUGGCUCCCUACCUGCCCCACGGGGCUGGGGGCGGCGCAGGGGCAGCAGGGGGCGCAGGGGGGCUGAGUGGGAGUGCGUUUUCGGAGGGUGGGGCACUGUAUGCUCUGGGGCUCAUCCACGCCAACCACGGGGAGAGCAUCAAGGGCUUCCUGCUCGAGAGCCUGCGCAACACCAGCAACGAGACAAUCCAGCACGGCGCGUGCCUGGGAGUGGGUCUAGCAGCCAUGGGCACGGGCGACGAGGAGGUGUAUGAGGACGUGAAGAGCGUGCUCUACACUGACAGCGCUGUUGCGGGCGAGGCGGCGGGGAUCGCGAUGGGGCUGCUGCUGGUUGGGUCGGCGAGCGAGCGGGCGGCGGAGAUGCUGGCUUAUGCCCAUGACACGCAGCACGAGAAGAUCAUCAGAGGCCUGGCUGUUGGGAUUUCCCUGGUGGUGUACGGCCGGGAGGAGGAGGCCGAUAUUCUCAUCCAGCAAAUGACGACGGACGCCGACCCGAUCCUGCGCUACGGAGGCAUGUACGCCAUCGCCAUGGCCUACCGCGGCACCGCCAACAACGGCGCGAUUCGGCAGCUUCUGCACUUUGCCGUCAGUGACGUCAGCGAUGACGUCAGGCGCGCCGCCGUGCUGUGCCUGGGCUUCGUUCUCUGUGGGGAGCCCGAUCAGGUCCCGCGCAUGGUCUCCCUGCUCGCCGAGUCCUUCAACCCCCACGUGCGCUACGGGGCAGCCAUGGCAGUCGGCAUCGCCUGCGCCGGCACGGCUCAGCGAAGCGCUCUCGACCUGCUGGAGCCGCUCACGUCAGACGGGGUGGACUUUGUGAGGCAGGGCGCGCUCAUGGCGACGGCCAUGGUGCUCAUGCAGUGUUCUCAGGAACGCGAAUUCCGGGUGGUGACCUUCAGGCGUCAGCUUGAGAAGUCCAUUCACGACAAGCACGAGAACACCAUGUGCAAGAUGGGCGCCAUUCUCUCUGUCUCUCCCUUACGCAAUCUCAUAUGCUGUUGUUACCCCCUCCGUUCCCCAGGCGUCAGCUCGAGAAGGCCAUUCUCGACAAGCACGAGGACACCAUGUGCAAGAUGGGAGCCAUUCUCUCUGUCUCCCACUCGCUUCCCCGCUGUCCCCCACUACCAUGCACUGUCACCCCCUGUGCUCUCCAGGCGUCAGCUUGAAAGGGCCAUUCACAACAAGCACGAGGACACCAUGUGCAAGAUGGGCGCCAUUCCUCUUAUGUCUCCCUCAGUCAACCAGCUUCCUUCUCUCCUCAUCCUCCCCUCCCUCCUGCCUCCCACCCCCAGGCGCCAGCUCGAGAAGGCGAUUCACGACAAGCACGAGGACACCAUGUGCAAGAUGGGCGCCAUUCCUCUUAUGUCUCCCUCAGUCAACCAGCUUCCUUCUCUCCUCAUCCUCCCCUCCCUCCUGCCUCCCACCCCCAGGCGCCAGCUCGAGAAGGCGAUUCACGACAAGCACGAGGACACCAUGUGCAAGAUGGGCGCCAUUCUCGCCUCCGGAAUUCUCGACGCAGGCGGCCGCAACGUCACCAUCUCGCUGCGCUCCCGCUCGGGCUACGACCGCGUAACCGCCGUCAUCGGCAUGGCCCUUUUCACGCAGUACUGGUACUGGUUCCCGUUGCUGCACUUCCUCUCUCUCUCCUUCUCCGCGACAGCCCUCGUCGGGCUUCAGGGGGAUCUCAAGGCGCCGAAAUUUGAUUUUAUUUCGGAGUGCCGCCCGGGGUUGUUUGCGUACCCGCCGCCCGCUGUUGUGGCGAGUAGCAGCACUGCCGUGAAGGCGCCGGUUGCGGUGCUGUCGACUGCUGCUAGGGCGAAAGGGAGGGCGAAGGAGAAGGAGGAGAAGAAGGAGAAGGAGGAGAAGGAGGAGGAGAAGAAGGGUGGGGGAGAGGGGAAGGCCGCGGAGGGUGGGGUUGCAGCAGCGAUGGAUGGAGUGAAGGGGGGAGAGGAGGAUGAAGGGAAGAAGGGAGAGGAGAAGAAGGAAGUAGAUGCUAUGGAGGUUGAGGGGGCUGAGACAACCUCAGGUGCUGCUGCUGAAGCCAAGAAGCCAUCCGAACCAACGAGGAGUGGUGGGGGAGGAGCAGGGGGAAGGGGGAGAGGGGGAGGUGCUCCCCCUCCCCCACCUCCUCCUGCUGAUGAUGAUGAAGAUGAUGACGAGCCUGCUCCUCCCGAGGCCUUUGAUUUCCGUUAA